CCGGUGUCACCGCACUUCACCGUCUUCUUCAUCAACAACCCACAGACUAGACUCGUCAGGCAAAAACUGAUCAAGCCCCCGAAAGAUAUCUCUGCCCGCCAUGAAAGCGAGGUCACUGACCCUCCUCCUGCUCUCGUUCCUCCUCCUCCUGAACGCACUGUGCGCGUUCUCGGUGCCUUACCGCGAGGAGGAAGGGGAGGAAGAGAGAGAAUGGAAGAGGGGAGAGAGAGGCGGAGGGGCAAGAAGAGGGGAGGAAGAGAGAGAAUGGAGGAGGAGAGAGAGAGGCGGAGGCGGAGGGGAGGAGGAAGACUUCUUCCUCUUGCAUGACUCGAAGCACGUGUUCCGGACAGAGGCUGGCGAGAUGAAGGUGGUGAGGAGCUUUGGCGGCCGGAUCGUCGAGCGGCCCAUGCACAUAGGCUUCAUCACCAUGGAUCCCCAGACCCUCUUCGUCCCUCAGUACCUCGAUUCCAAUCUGGUCCUCUUCGUCCGCCGAGGAGAGGCUAAGAUCGGUGCAAUCUACGAAGAUGAGCUGGUGGAGAGGCGGUUGAAGAUCGGCGACAUAUACCGGGUCCCCGCCGGGUCGGCGUUCUACUUAGUGAACAUUGGGGAGGGUCAGAGGCUUCACCUCAUCGCCAGCAUCGACACUUCAACGAGCUUGGGGUUGAGGACUUUCCAGUCAUUCUUCAUCGGCGGAGGAAUCUACCCGACCUCUGUGCUCACCGGGUUCGAACCUGAAACGCUCGCGACUGCAUUUAACGUUUCGGUGGAUGAAGUGACGGACUUACUGACCAGGCAGCAAGAGGGCCCUAUCAUGUACAUAAACGACGACACUCGUCAACCACCGAGCUUGUGGUCUAAGUUCUUGCAGCUGAAAGAACAAGAUAGGCUACAACACCUAAAGAGAAUGGUGGAGUUCCACGGAGAGUCCAAGGACGAGGAGAAUGAAGAAGAAGGAGGAGGAGAAGAAAAAGCGUGGUCGUGGAGGAAGUUCUUGAGCUCCAUCUUCCCGAGGGAUGACAGAAGGGAUGACCCAAGAAGGGAAGGCAGGAGGGAUGACCGGAGAUGGAGAACCGGCAAAGGACCGGACUCCUACAAUCUGUACGAUCGACACCCUGACUUCCGCAAUGACUAUGGAUGGAGUGUUGCCCUCGACGAGUCCGAUUAUGAACCUCUCAGGCACUCAGGCAUCGGAGUUUACCUCGUCAAUCUUACGGCGGGAUCAAUGAUGGCGCCCCAUGUAAAUCCGAGCGCCACAGAGUACGGGAUCGUCAUCAGAGGAUCAGGCACGAUCCAGAUCGGGUACCCAAAUGGGUCUUCUGCGGUGAAUGCGAAAGUGAAAGAGGGAGACGUGUUCAUGGUGCCGCGGUACUUCCCAUUCUGCCAGAUCUCAUCUCGGAGCGGGCCGAUGGAGUUCUUUGGGUUCACUACCUCAGCCCGGAGGAACAGGCCCCAGUUCCUGGUGGGCCGGAACUCGGUCCUCCAGAAGAUGCUCGGGCCGGAACUUGCCGCCGCGUUUGGGAUGAGCAAUGAGACGACCAUAAGGGAGCUCCUCGACGCCCAGCGCGAGACCGUCAUAUUGCCUUCAGCAUCAGCAGCGCCGCCGUACAUCGCGGCGAAGAAGCAGCAGCAAGAGGAGGAGAGGGUUGAAGACGAGAGGAUUGAGAAGGUGACGGAGGACCUUAGGCAGUGAGACGGUCAUGGGUUUUAACUGGGCAUAGAGGCGUUGGUGGAGAUACAGGGGCUUUUGUGUAGGUUUCAGUUUUUUUCUGGUCAUUUGCUCAGCGUUUGUUUAUUUAGCCUUUUCCUUUGGGUUCAUUUUCGACAUGACUUUCGUCGUUUAGUGAAAUAAAAUCACCUUCCUUCUGCUUUCCA